AACCUCUUACAGUCCCACUUACUACCAUCAUUGCAGAGAAAAACCGCUCAUACUCAAAACAUAGAGAGGGAGACCAUCCAACCUGUUCUUAUCACUUGUGAGUUGUGACUACCAACCCAGAUAUAGAAAGAUCAGAUAUAGAAAGAGAAACCGUGGAGAGAGAGAGAGAGAGAGAGAUUGCGUAAAGAAUCAGAUUUUUAAGGGGAACCCAAGAAAGUAAAAUCAAGUAAGAGAGGGGAAGAUGCUGAACACACCACUACCUUCUUCUUUGCAAUCAACAGCCACAACCAUCAAAGAGAAGAAGAAGCUAUACUCUCUCGUGGCCACAUCUGUUGUUUCUCUGAUCUUCGUCUUCUCUGUUUCAUCAUCAUCAUCUUCUUCUGGGUCUUCUUCUUCUUCGUUGCAUUACCAUCAGAAACAUCGUCUUAUCCUUAGCGAUCCAAAUCAAUCCGAUGCUAACUAUGUUUCCCCUUCCCUACCAUCUAUUGCCUACUACAUCACCGGUUCCGACGGCGAUUCGAAUCGCCUCCUGCGCCUUCUCUUCUCUAUAUACCAUCCCAACAACCAAUACCUCCUUCAUCUAGACCUCACUGCUUCCCAGUCCCAGCGAGACCAACUCGCGCUCACUCUCCAAUCCAUCCCUGUCUUUCGUGACUUUCAGAAUGUCAAUGUCAUUGGGAAAGCCGAUUAUGCUUACCCACGCGGCUCCUCCGUUCUUGCUUCGACUCUCCACGGUGCUUCCAUUCUCCUCCGACUCUCUCAGCAUUGGGAUUGGUUCAUUAACCUCUCUGCCGCCGAUUACCCUCUUGUUGCACAAGACGAUCUUCUUCACAUAUUGUCAUUUCUACCGAAGGAUCUCAAUUUUGUGAAUCACACCAAUUACAUUGGCUGGAGAGAAUCUUUCAGAAUGAAACCCAUUAUUAUUGAUCCAGGGCUUUAUAUUUCUGAGAAGAGUUAUGUAUUUUAUGCUACACAAAAGCGGGAGUUGCCGACCGCAUACAGAUUGUUCACAG